GCCCCGCCCGCGGCCCCUCCGGCUCGCCGUCCGUUCCCGGCAUGCCCAGCGCGGGGGCGGGUGCUGAGCGGCCCUGCCGUCAGGCUGUGGCGGCGCGAUGGCGGCCGUGGCUGCCGGCACGGACAUGUUCGAUGAGAUCGUGAUGGCCGAGGAGAGGUUUCACAGUGAGGGGUAUCAGGAGGGGUAUGCUGAAGGCAGUCAUGCUGGAGUUGUUGAGGGCAGGAGGUAUGGAUCGCUCCAUGGUGCCAAGAUUGGGUCUGAGGUUGGUUACUACCUGGGGUUUGCACUGACGUGGCAGUGUCUGCUCCAGAAAUGCACAGAUGAAAAGAACAGCAAAAAGAUGAGGGCUCUGGAUUUAUUAGUAGGGAUGAUUCAGAAAUUCCCAUAUGAGGACCCAACUUACGAUAAGCUGCAAGAAGACCUGGAAAAAAUCAGAGGAAAAUUUAAACAGGUUUGUUCAAUGCUAAAUAUUCAGUCUGAUUUUAGAAUUGGUACUGCAAGAUCUUCACUAACAUUUUGAAUGUAACAAAUGAAGAUAAACAUGGAUGACCAAAGAAGAAACAUUAAAAGAACAGUUAACUGGAAAAGUGUUUAUCUACUCUUAUUUUAAACAAAAUCAAAAUAGUGAAGAGUUGCUAAAUACUAAAGGGGAAAGGGAAAACCAUUGAACUUGCAAUGCUACUUCUUGUAUGUCAUUUAACAUUUGUCAUCUCCAGGGUUUUUUUAGGAAACAGUAGUGUGUAAACCUCCUAAACAGAAAUGCUUGCUUUAAUUCCUCACUAGCCUUACACUAAUAGAUUAAUUCCUCAGAAGGAAAACAUACACAUUUGCAGUUUCCUUAUUUAAAGGUAUAUUUUAUUUAAAAAUCUGUAUAUGCAGAUCACUCAGUUUACACGAUGUGUAAAUAUUGUAGGUGAAGUAAAAUACGAUCAAUUGCCUGCAGACUUUGCAGUAGGAAACAUUUCUGUGGGUAAAGGAUAGAAUGACAGGUGAAGUCAGAAUGUGAAGGAGAAAGGUUUAGAUACCUGCUCAUAAAGUAGCUGCAGCUCAGAACAUGAAAUUUGUACUUUCUGCUAGUUCUGCAGACUGAGCCAGUGUGGGGAAAAAACCCCACCAAACCCAGACCCAAAAAGCUAGCAAUUUAAAUGAUCGGUGAGAGAAGCAUGACUACCAGAAGAGUUGUGAUACUGAUCAAAUGUAUUUAUUAGUAGCUUUUAUCAAGGAAUAACUUUUUAUUUUCCACCCUUGAAAAUGUGCUCUUUAGUCUCAUUCCAAAAAACAGAUGCUGUCAGCUAAAUGUAUUCAACUAUGUUGAAGGCAAACACCGUCAGUUAUUUUACCUGAAAGGUAUUUUAGGUUGGGGUGCUGGAUGUCUUUGCAUACUAUUGACGAUACAGUUAUAUAAUGAAUUCUAGAAGAUCCUUCAACAGUUCUAACGUGUGCAUGUCUGGCUAAGUCUGCAUGGCAUAGUGUAGCUUCAUAAAGACAGAUAAAACUGCUGUGGGUAUCUGAAGCUGUACGGAGGGUCAGGUAUCUUGGGUGAAGGACAUGUUUUAAUAUGGCCAUAUCCUUGAACAGCACUACUUUGUGCCACCUAGACCUCAGUUCUGUUUUACUUGUACAGCUUUUUUAUUAUACAAGAAAAUAAACAUCUUGGAGUUUUAAAAUGUACGUUGUGCAUUCCAACUGGGAUAUGAAGAACAUGCAUUCUGCUAACAUUUUUGGAUUUUGGACUCUGAAGAUAAAAACAGUUUUGCUGACAAUAUGGAGGGAGUUGCAUGUGUGUGUAUUCAUUUAUUUCAAAAUAAUGUUUUAAUUUUUGUCUGUUUUCUGAGUAUACAAGUAUGCCAAUGUCAGAGGCUUUUCUUAGUAAGUGGUUGCUGGUGUACUUUGUUUUAUUGUCGUACGUAUUUUAAGUGUUCACACAGCUUUGAUACACGUAGUGAAUGUCAGAGCCAUCUAGUGGAGGAGGUUGUAUUGUGUAAGAAACAGAUCAUUAAGAGUUCACGAAUAUUUAUAGAUAGAAGUUGUUAAAACGGAGUGCAGACCAUAUGUGCGCAUGAUACAGCUCUUCUAGUUAUGUGGUGAAUUUCUGUGAAAUAAAGUAAUAUUGAGGUAGGACUCGUGUAGCUUGUUUCCUCAUUUGAGACCUUGGAAGGGACAUGACAGCAAUGAUGGUCUCUUCAUUUGGGACAGUUUGAGUGCGGUUGGCUUUUAACUGUUACACAGCUAAACUACUGGGAACCAUGACAGGCACCAAACUGCAAGUACUGUAAAAUAGAAGCAAAAUAAACUAGCAUACCCUGUAAUCUCAGUAAAUAGGUAGACACAAAACAAGAAGAUGACAUACUAGAGAAAAGAAAGAUAAUUUGACUUUAUUAUCACUUCAGAGAAACACAAAUUUGAAGAAGUUGUCUCUGUAUCUACAAACCAGUUUAUUUUUGCAAAUCAAAGUAUUUUACCUGUUUACUUCAAAUUAGUGAAAUGAAUCACUAGGUAGUCAUCUGUGAUGAAGUUUUGACUCAAAAUCUUUUGUUGAAGUCCAUGAAUUAUACUUUAAAUAAACUCCCUCUGGAUCUUGGUCUAAAAAAGGCAGUUUUGUUUUCUUCCAAAUGGUAGUACAAAGGGAAGUAAAAGCCGGAGCUCUAAGUAUUCGUGCUUUAAAAUGCAGCCUUUUUUGGAAUCUUUGUACAUGGUUUACAAAAAUGUAUGUAAAAGCAAGAGAAAGGGAUGUGAGAGCUCCAAGUAUCUGUGAAGCAUUUGCUUAAUAGAAGUGUAUGAUGUGUAAGUGACAUGAAAGUGCUGCUGUAGAGUAUCAAAAGCAAAAUUAUUUUUGUUUGACUAAGAAGAGAAAGGGUCUUUGUGGAUCAGGUGGUCAAUGACUUUGAAAAUUGGUUUGGUGGCAAAUUUUCUUUUAUUGCUUUAAUUUUAUUUAUAACAAGUAUUAUUGUUAGAAUAAAUUAUUAUAUAAAUACACACACACAUAUAUAUAUAUAUAUAUAUAUAUAUACACACACAUCUAUUUAACUAUAAAGAUUGUAGCAACCAGAAUCUCAGACUGGGAUAUGCAAAGUUGAGGGUUUGCUGCUAGGUCUUUAAUUUAGCUCUGUAUGUGUGUACAUACUGAUGGAAUCUCUUAUUUCAUGAGUCUGUGUUUUGCUGAAUAUCUUCUGUUGCAUGUCUUGUAUGGGCCUGAUGGUGUUUAUUAAAUGAGGUAUGGUUAAAAAUUC